AUGCAUGAUGAGCCUUGUGCAAGAAACAGAAGGUUAAAAAUCAAGAACGCGGCGGGUCAAGAAGAGGACAUUUCAGUUGGCGGAGUCAUUGCUAUCACUCAACCUCGUCGUGUUGCUGCUAUUACUUUAGCCCGUCGUGUUGCUGCUGAGAUGGGAUCUGCCCUUGGAUACCAACGUACAAAUACUCCUGGAAAGGUCGGUUAUUCCGUUCGUUUCGAUACCAAUACACCCAUUGGAAUGAAGAUCAAAUUUGUUACCGAAGUGCUAUCAUUAUUGAUUGAAAUUCACGAGAGAGGGGUUGAUGUUGAUCUCAUUGCUGGAUUUCUCCGACAGAUAGUUCAUGGAGAUAAGCAAGGUCGUGGUGGUAUUCCAUUGAAAGUCGUCAUCAUGAGUGCAACUCUUGAUUUAGGCGGAUACGAAGCUUUCUUCGCAAAUCCUGACUCAAAUCCUAGUUAUCAACCAGGUAACAACUAUGGUUCAAUAUUUGCACCACAUCUUGUGAACAAUGAGAAGGUCAUUGAGGCUGCCAAACCAAUGCUAGCUGUAAAGUCUGGAAAGGCCGAGGAUGUGGAAUUAAAAGCAACAGAAAGCUCCGAAAAAGUAGACACUGGCGUUGCCAUUGAGGAAGUCAAAGGUAGGAAAUUCAAAGUUGACCUAUACUAUGACAAACCAGCCGAUCCCAGUAAUUACCAGGAGACUAUGUUCAAGAGGAUUGCGAGUAUACAUGUUACGGAACCUCUUCCUGGAGAUAUACUGGUCUUUCUCGUUGGUCAAGAAGAGAUCGAAUAUAUGCAAACAAGACUUGAGGCUCUCGGCGAGUCUCUAAGCAAAGAAGUGCCAAGAAUCAAGGUUAUACCGCUGUAUGGUGCUCUUCCACCAGAUGCUCAACAGUUAGCUUUCGAUCCAGUCAAGGAGCCCAGAACGAGGAAAAUCGUCCUGGCUACUAACAUUGCGGAAACGUCAGUAACAGUUCCCGGUGUGCGAUAUGUAGUUGACAGCGGUAAAGCCAAGGUUAAGAAGUACCGCACAAAGUUGGGUAUGGAGUCUUUGCUUGUCGUGCCGAUUUCUAAACAGUCCGCCCUCCAAAGAAUGGGUCGUGCUGGUCGUGAAGCACCUGGUAAAUGUUGGAGAGCAUAUGGUAAAGACGAAUAUGAAUCUUGGCUUCAAGAUGAAAUUCCUGAAAUCCUUCGUUGCGAUGUGCUCGAAGCAGUUCUUAAGAUGAAAGCUCGUGGAGUGCAAGAUGUUAUCAACUUUCCUCUCAUGGAUGCACCUGAUGUAGAAGCUAUGAAGCAUGCCAUCUUUCAACUCAACGCCAUGGGAGCUCUCGAUGACGAAGGUAAUUUAACCACAGAUGGUAAAAAGAUGGCCAGUUUCCCUCUUCCUGCCGCCUAUGGCCGUGCUCUCAUCGCCUCCUCAUCUCCAGAGUUCAACUGCGUUCUCGACGCCAUCGACGUCAUCUCCCUCCUAACUGCCGACUCCGAAGUUUUCAUCCAACCCAAAUCUCAAGAACAAGAAGAAGAAGUCGACGCCAAUCGCGCCGAUAUCAUCCGUCGCGAAGGCGAUCUUCUCACCUAUCUAACAACCAUGCAACGCUACGCCUCCGAAAACACAAACCGAUUCCAAUGGUGCAAAUCUCGCAACAUCAGCGCCCGAGCAAUGAAAUCCGCAAUGCUGAAUCGCAAACAACUGCGUCAAUUAAGCGUCACUCACGGUCUCAUUGAUGCCCUUCCCCCUCCUGAUCCCCAGCCCUUUGAACCCUCUACCCCCGAAAGAGCAGAAUGUUUGAUUAAAGCAUUUCUGAGAUCGUUUGGGGAUAGAACGGCUACGUUAGCCCCAGAUGGGAGCUAUGUGACGACAAAGGGGAAAAAUGCCGUCGUUAUUCAUCCGCAGAGUGUGCUUUGGGGAAGGAAAAUCGAGGCGAUUAUGUUCUUGGAAAAUGUGUUUAGUACGAGGAAUUGGGCGAAGAAGGUUAGUGCUGUGCAGGCGGAUUGGGUGUUGGAGGCUUUAGGGGGGUGGAUGUAA